CAUAUCAGAUUCUGUCUAAUCGGUUCUUGGCUCGCCCCAGGACUCUGCUUUGUUUUUUCGGAUAAAACUCCUCCAGCCAUGACUCGGGUUUCCUCACUCGUCUUGAUGUUGUUGCUGAUGUUGUUUGUGGUUGCUGUUGCUCUGUUGGAGGCCGAUUCCCAGGCUCUGCUCAUCAGAAAUAGAAGACUGUCCUGUGGUCCACCAAUUUCAGUACCUGAAAACAAAGACCUCAGCCAAAUUGAGUGUUAUUUUCACUUUGGUAUACAUGAAGAAAAUGUGGAGUACACACUGAAAGGCACUGGUGCAGACCAACCUCCCUACAACCAUUUUGUCAUCAACCCUGACACUGGUUGUAUACGAGUGACUGGUAUAUUAGACCGGGAGAAAAUCCAUCGGUACCCUCUGAACACCGUUGCUAAGUACAAGAACGGCACAAUUGCAGAUGACUUUAUAAUAAAUGUUCGAGUUGAAGAUGAGAAUGACAACUCUCCAGAGUUUGGUACCAUUGAGCCGGGGAUGGUGAAUGAGCUCAGUCCUGCAGGCACUGUUGUCAUGAAAGUCACUGCAUAUGAUGCAGAUGAGCCAUGGAGUAGGAACUCGUAUAUUGCCUAUAGCAUUGUGGAGCAGGUUCCUCCAGAGGACAUGUUCAACAUCAGCAAGCGUGGAGACAUCUAUGUCGAGCGGCCCUUACUGGACAGAGAGCACCAAGAUACAUACAUUCUGAUAGUGAAAGGUCAGGAUCUGUUUGGUGCACCAGAGGGAAACACCGGAACAGGCACUGUCACCAUUCACAUCCAAGAUGUGAACAACAACAUCCCCACUCUGGACAAAGAGGAGUAUGAGGGCAGUAUUGAGGAGAACACAGAGGGUGUGGAGGUAAUGAGAAUCAAAGCAGAGGACCUGGACUUGAAGGGCACAGAAAACUGGGAAGCUGUGUUCGAUAUUGUGAAGGGCAACGAGGCCAGCUACUUCAGCAUCACGACAGACCCGAAGACCAAUGAGGGCAUCUUAAUGCUGGACAAGGCUGUGAAUUAUGAGGAUGUGACUCAUCUUGAACUGGCACUGGCUGUGAGGAACAAAGCUGAACCAUAUAAUGGGACAGAUACUGGAAUUGUAGGUGGAAGAGCAGGAGGGAGUGAGGACACCACCACAGAGAACUAUAAAACCUAUCCAGUCAAAAUCAUUGUGAAGAACCAAAUUGGGCCAUGUUUUGACCCCAAGGUCAAAGCCAUUCCCAUCUCAAACAAAGGCCAGAAUGUCAGGAUUCAUGAGGUCAUUGCCCGCUACUCAGCAGUGGAUGAAGAUACUGGGAAAGAAGCUGAGAAUGUAAGGUAUGCCAAGCUCUCUGAUCCACUCAACUUGCUGACCAUUGACCCAAAGACGGCUGAGAUUAAACUAAACAAAAUGCCUGACAGGAGCUCUCCAUUCCUGGUCAAUGGGAUGUAUUUUGCAACAGUACUCUGCAUAUCAGAAGACUUACCCACUAAGACAGCCACUGGCACCAUAGUUAUCCAGAUGGAAUAUUUCAAGGACAGCUGCCCCACCCUGACCAGUAACAUCCAAACUAUGUGCUCCACUGCUGGCGCUGUCAUUGUGACUGCAAAGAGUGAAAAUGUAUUCCCUAAUGUAGCUCCCUUCACCUUCUCCAUCGUCCCAAAAGGCACCAAAGGCAAAUGGAUUGUGGAGCAUCUUAAUGAAACUUCGGCCAUGUUGAGGGCCCAGUCGGACAUAUGGCCUGGUUCCUAUGAGGUGGCACUGGAGGUGAAGGACCAGCAGGGAGUUGCCUGUCCAGAGCUGCAGAAGGUCAAAGUGGAGGUUUGGAUCUGUGAAUUUGGAAAGAUGUACAGAGAGCAAAGUGGUCACUCCCAGAAAAGAGCAGAGUUAGGAGCUCCAGUCAUUGGACUGAUCAUCCUGGCCGUGCUGACGCUACUACUCCUCUCUCUGUUGCUGUACUUCUGCAAGUAUUGUGGGACUGAGGAUCUGCGAGGGGGCUUCACUAAAAUGCCCACUGAGACCAAAUCACACCUGCUUGCCUGAUGGCACGGACGUUUGCAUCAUUUGCAUGGCAAGAUAAUAACUUAAAUUCAGUGUUGUAAACUGAUUAUUGAUAUGUUACUCAUUGUGGUGUAUCAGGGGUCUGCUCUGUUAUCUGUGCAGAAUUUCUUUCAAGAUUUUUUUUUUUUUUUUAAUUUUAUGCAGAAUAAAAAUAGUCUGAAAUUUUGUAAUGGUUCAACUAAAAUCAUGUAUUUCACAUUCAUAAAAUAAAUUGUUGUUUCUAGUCACUUUAAAAUUCUUUCACAUGGUGGAUAAAGGGAUAUAAGAUCUGAUAUAAACAUUCUAAUAAACAUCAAAGACUUAAUACUAACAGGGUAUUCACAUGUAAAAUUGAGCAAAAUUAUUUUUGAGUUACUUAGUUAUCUUAGUUAUCUCAGCAUCAGCUUUACUGAUAGAUUUAGAAGAUUUUUGUUUGUUUGUUUGUUUGUUUUGAGAGAAAAAAUCCCAGCUAAAGAUGUAGCCCACUGUGGGAAUGACUCAACGAGGGUGUAAAUCAUGUCUUUGUAACAAUAUUGUGGUGGGUAAUGGACCAGAUGCUAUAAUCCUUGU